UAUUCCGUCCUCUUGUUUCAUAUAGUAUAUAGAGUUACAAACGAUCUUCCACCCUUCUGUAGUCAUAUUAAUGGGUUGUCUACCCAUUAAUUGGCUCAAUUCGUUAAUGGGUGUUUCGAAAUCUGCCGAAUAAAAGAAAAACUCUACUCAAACUCGCAUAAAUUCCUCAAUUCGUAGACUCCGGCAAUUGUUAUUCUCCUUUGUUCUCUUUCCUAUUGUUCGCUUUUUCUCAUCGGAGUUUCUUUUAAAAUGGGGAAGAAUCAAGCUUACAAAGCUAUGCAAAAAGCGAGGUUGGGUUCGAGUUCGGCUGGGCCGGAGGAGAUGGAAGACGGCAUGGUGGAUGGUUCUUUUCAUUCGCCAGAGUGGCAUGCUGCUCGUUUGGCCAGUCUCAAAACUUCACAUACAAUUACCUGGGAAGAGUUCAAAAAGAAGCAAAAGGAAGAUGAAAUAAGAAAAGGGGAGUUGGAAGCAGAUAAAGGUCGAAUGAUGAGAGAGUAUAGGGCUCAAUUGGAUGCUGAAAGGGCGAGCAAGCUUGCUCACGGUAGAAACCAUUCUAGCAUUAAGUCUAGUCAUAAAAGGGACAGGAAAGACAAGGAUAACAAGACAAGCAGCAAAAAGAGAAAGUGUUCAAGGAGGAGAUCUUCCGAAUCUAGUUCCCCGAGUUCAUCCUCAGAUUCUAGCAGUGAAGAUGAUGAAAGAGAAACAAAGAGAACAAAAUCAAGGUCAAAGCGUAAAAAGAAGGAAAGGAGGCACAAAUCAAGGAGAAAACACUUUGGAAGUGAUAGUGAUGAGAGUAAUGGCCCUUUGCCGCUCUCUAGAUUCUUUGGAAGUGUCAAGAGCUGAUAAACUGAUGCUUUGUUUAUGUUCAUAAAUACUCCCUUGGUACUGGGAGGAUGGGUUCUUCCUCUGCUUUUUGUUUUUUGUUGGUGGGAAUGAGUAUUGAAUUUUUAGUUCUUGGUAAGCAACAAUCCUUGUGCUGAUAUUUAAGUUUUUCUUUAUCUUUUAAGCAGAAUUCUCUUUGACAGUUAUUUCCCUCCCUCUAAAUGUAGAGUCCAACACACCUUAUGGAAGAUUAAACAUUGUCUGUAUAACUUUAAGAUGCACUAGUUGCGAUGUACGUAGAUGCUUUUAAAUCAUAACUUUGUAGUCAUCAUUUUUUU